CUCGGGGCCCGGGCUGGCGAUGGGGCGGGCGGCGAGCGGCGGGCAGAGCCCGGCGGGCCGCGGGAGCCUGGCCCUCGGCGGGGCGGGAGGCGCUGAGGCGGCGCGGACCAUGCGCGGCGCUCGCUGAGGCAGCCUCCGGCCGCGGGGAUGAGCGCCUCGGCGGCCACCGGCGUCUUCGUCCUCUCCCUCACCGCCAUCCCCGUCACGUACCUCUUCAACUGCCUGGCGGCCAGCGGCAGUUCCUGGUCAAUUGUUGCAGUUGGAUUUCUGGUUCUGGUUUUUAUUGCUCUGUUGGCUCGUGUUCUUGUCAAAAGAAAACCACCAAAAGACCCACUGUUUUAUGUUUAUGCAGUAUUUGCCUUUACCAGUGUAGUGAAUCUAAUAAUUGGACUGGAACAGGAUGGAAUUAUCGAUGGAUUCAUGACCCAUUACUUGAGAGAGGGUGAACCAUAUCUGAACACUGCUUAUGGCCAUGUGAUCUGCUAUUGGGAUGGCUCAGCACACUAUCUGAUGUAUCUGUUGAUGGUGGCAGCUAUUGCCUGGGAACAAAGCUAUAGAUCCAUUGGCCUCUACUGGCUGGGUUCCAUUAUCAUGAGCAUCAUUGUCUUUAUGCCUGGAAACAUUGUGGGAAAAUACGGAACAAAAGUGUGUCCUGCCUUUUUCUUAAGCCUACCAUAUAUUUGCCUUCCUAUAUGGGCUGGGUUCCGAAUUUAUAACCAACCUUCGGUGACUCAUGACACUCCAGUCAAGGUGGUUCAGGAAGUGCAGAAGAAAGGACUCUUAAGACGACCAAUAGAUUUAAUGUUAGCUGCAUACCUCAUUCUAGCAACGGGGUUUUGCAUAUUUAGGGGCAUGAUUGCUCUGGAUUGCCCUGCUGAACUCUGCCGGCUAUAUAUCCAACUUCACGAGCCUUAUAUAAAAGAUCCUGCUGCCUAUCCUAAGCUUCAGAUGCUGGCAUACAUGUUCUACUCUGUGCCAUACUAUGUGAUUGCUCUGUAUGGCCUACUGGUACCUGGUUGUUCCUGGAUGCCCGAUUUAACCCUUAUACAUGCUGGAGGACUAGCUCAGGUAGGUGGGUGCAAGUCCUACCCCCCUUCUGGGCUGAGACUUAGCAGUGCAGACUUCUACAGCGAGCUCCAGUGGCCAUCUGCCUGGGGAAGGAUCAUGGGCCCUGUUGCAUGAAUUGUCAGCCAUAAGCCAAGGGUGAAACCCUACACCUGAUGUAAAGAUCGGUGCCACCAUGCGCAUAAAGUACACCUCCUACCGUGACACUGACAGCUCCAUUUAUGGCUCUUGUACCAAGAUAUGAAUGACCUUAGUUCAGAUUUUAUUUUUGUUUACUGCUGUGCAAAAGUAUGAAAUAAUUCAGGAAUAAAAGGGUUGGCUUGGGAAAUGUCACUGGAGAUGCAUCCUUGCAUGCAGAUUAUGCUGUCUUUCCAAAAUAUACAUCAACUUUACCUUUUUUUUAAUAUAUACGUUAUAUACACACCACAGGCUCAAUUUUCCCAUAUUGGUGCUUCUCUUCAUGCUCGAACUCCUUACAUCUACAGAGUCCCUGAAGAAGCAAAACAGUUUUUUCUGAUAUUGAACAUAAUGUAUGGGAUUCUUCCCCAGCUGUUGGCUUACAGGUGUGUCAACAUGCCAGAGUUUUUUAUGAAAACAAAACAAGAAGAAAAAACGGAAUAGCACAACAGUUUUCAGCUCCUCUUUCUGGCUGUGUAUAUAAUUGGGCUUGGAAGUAACUGAACUGCUCAGAUGGAACCCAAAUGACGUGUGUAAGAUGUGUAAAAUUGCACAAUUGUGUAAAGAUGCAUGGUCUGUUUUGUUUAUCCUACUCAAAAAGGGAAAAUAAAGACAACUGCCUUCAA